UGGCCUUGGCCUUGGCCUGGGAGCUGGCGCCCCGGGAGUGGUACCGGGGCUCUGCUGGAAUGGUGUUUGGGUCUCAGGCUGCACAGGGGCCACCUGCAGCUUUAUGGGAGCGUCAGCCCCUCGAGGGGCCCUGGCACUUGCUUGUGGGGCGCAAGGAGGCGCAGCUGCACACUUUCCGCUUCUCCCUCUGAGGUGGCUGGCUGGGAGCUGAGCCAUGCUGGCAGAGCCAGGCCCUGCAAGAAGCUGCGCAGAGAGCAACGGGCGGAAAGGGUUCCCAGGUGCUGACAUGGAGGGGGAUGCUGUCACGGAGAAGGCAGCUCUGCUCCCUGCCCCUCGCAAGGGCCCUGCUGUCCCUGGUCCCAGGAGGCAGCGGCAGGAAGGGCUCACAGCUCCUCCGAGCGAUGGGCGCAUCCGGCGCAGCAGUGGCUGCUACCCUCUCAACCCAGAGCGCCUCAAGCAGAGCAGGCUGUACGUGGAGAGAGCCGUCAAGCAAAGGAAGAUCUUCAUGCUGCAUGGCCCAUACCCUGUGAUCCGGAGACUGCUGCGCAGCCGGGGCUGGGUGGAGAAGAAAGCCCCCAAGGCGGCACACAGAUGGGAACGAGUGCCUGAGGGCGAGGAUGGGGAGGGAGACGACAGCGACAGAGUCGAGGAGGACGAGGAGGGUGAGGAAGAGGAGCAGGAUGAUGACCCUGAUGGCACCUACGACCUCAUGUCACGGCUGGUUCGCAACCAGAUGCCCUAUUUCAUCUGGACUAAUCGUCGAGAUGCAAUCGACUGCCGCUUCCUGCGCAAGGAGCAGGUGAUGAACCACUACGCCAAGGUGGGCUCCUUCACCACCAAGGUGGGGCUGUGUCUGAACCUGCGGAACCUGCCUUGGUUCGACCAGGCCAAUGCCGACACAUUCUUCCCCCGCUGCUACCGGCUGGGUGCUGAGGAUGAGAAGCAUGCCUUCAUCGAGGAUUUCUGGCUCACUGCUGCCCGGAGCAUCCUCAAAGUGGUGGUGAAAAGGUACUGGAGCUCAGCUGCCCGGGGGGCUGGGGCAGCGGCAGCUCCUGAUGCACAAGGGCCCAUGAAGGCCGGCAAGUCCGCAGAGUCCCCGAGAGGGACUGGCAGGAAAAAGGGCAGCCCCGCGCCACCGCAGCUCAUCGAGACAGCCCUGCAGGCCUGCGAGGAGCACCUGAGCAGCCUGGUGCACCAGGAUAUCGACAAGGAGCCCGAGUCCCCUCUGUGCAUGAUGGGGGCCCGCCAGGGGGACUUCCUGCACGCCUACUACCAAGUGAUUCACGAAGGGGCACUCCUGGACCAGCUGGGCUCCCAUGUUGAACGGUGCAAGCACGUUCUGCAGCGCCUGGCCGAGGUGCUCCCACAGCUGGAGAUGGAGGGGGACCGCAAUAUCUGGAUUGUGAAGCCAGGUGCCAAGUCACGGGGCAGAGGAAUCAUCUGCAUGGACCGCCUGGAAGAGAUGCUGAAGCUGGUGGAUUGUGACCCUAUGAUUGUGAAGGAUGGCAAGUGGGUGGUGCAGAAAUACAUCGAGAGACCCCUGCUUAUCCACGGCACCAAGUUCGACUUGCGACAGUGGUUCCUGGUGACGGACUGGAACCCGCUCACCAUCUGGUUCUACCGAGACAGCUACCUCCGCUUCUGCACACAGCCCUUCUCCCUGCACAACCUGGACACCUCCAUCCACCUGUGCAAUAACUCCAUCCAGAGGCACUACGAGAACUCGCUGAGCCGCCACCCGCAGCUUCCCCCUGAGAACAUGUGGUCAUCGCAGCAGUUCCAGGCCCACCUGCAGCAGGUGGGGGCGGAAGGUGCCUGGCAGGAGGUGAUUGUCCCGGGCAUGAAGGCAGCCAUCAUCCACACCAUGCAGACCUCCCAGGAUGUGGUGGAGUUCCGCAAGGGCAGCUUUGAGCUAUACGGGGCAGACUUCAUGUUUGGGGAAAACUGCCAGCCCUGGCUGAUUGAGAUCAACGCCAGCCCCACCAUGGCAGCAUCCACAGCCGUGACCAGCCGGCUGUGCGCCAGCGUUCAAGAGGACACACUCCGUGUGGUCAUUGACCGCAAGCACGACCGCAGCUGCCACACGGGGGCCUUUGAGCUCAUCUACAAGCAGGUGGCUGUCGACAUGCCCCAGUACGUAGGCAUAAGCCUUUUGGUGGAAGGAUCCACUGUCAAAAAACCACGGCCUCCAAACCAGAGACUCUCCCCUAAUGCCAGCCCCAGGACAGGCCCCAGUGUGCCCAGCUGCCCUCAGCACUCCCAAGCACUCCCACAGAGCUUCCCUCGUGGGCCCAGGCCCCUGGCACCAGUCAGCGGCAAGGAGAACAGAGCCAGGGAGCUGGGGGCCACCAACAGGGCCUCUGCUGCAGCUGGCACCCGGCUGAAGCUGCCCAGCAAGGUGCGAGCAGAGCCAGCCAAGAGGCUGCUGGAGCUGCACAGCACAGCCACCUCCCCACUGGGGGACAAGCUGGUGCCGCUGGGCCAGCCCAGGCUCUGUCCCAGCUGCAGCUCCCAGGUGCCAGGCCCCAGCCCCAGGGCACCCCCACGGCUCCAGUUCAGCAAGGCCAACGGCCCGAAGGGGCAGCUGCACAUGCGGGACUUACGCACCUUCCAGCUGGGCUGUGGGCACACGGCUGCCCCUACUCACCCCCCUGCCUGCUCUCCAGGGAAGCCUAGUGUGCCAGAGUGCCAGUGGGGACAUGCUCAGGCUGCGCUGCGGGAGCGGCCCCCAGCCCCUCCUGCCAGGCCUGGCCAGCAGUGUGCCAGGGGCUGGCUACACAGGGCCCCCCACCCAGCCUCCGCCCCUGAGCUCGGGGCCUUGCAUACGGCCGCGGGCAGGAGAAGGAAGCAGAAGAGAGAGAGGAUGUGCAGGUGAUGGAGGGAGCUGCCCCUGGGGCUGCUGGCAGCAGUGAGGGAGUCAUGUCAGGGGCUGAUGCCCUCCAAUAAAGGGAUCAAGAGAAGGAGCUGGAGUUUGUGAUGUGGGCAGGAAAUGCAACCUGGCGCUGUCUUCACCCAAGGGGCGGCUGGCAGGUAGGGCCUGGGGGAGGGGGCCCUGGGGCCAGCUGCAAGCAGCACAGGUCCCACAUCUCACAUGAGCCCCAGCCCAGGGGACAGCCUCCCCUUUCCCCUUGCCUUUGGCACACAGGGUUGCUGCUUGGUUUCUCUGGCCUGUCUCCCCUUCCCACACCUGCCCAGUUCCAGAGCUAGUGUGGCACUCUCCCCUGUGCUGGGGGGCGGAGGGCAGAGCUGGGCACCACCCUGGACAGAGGGCUGGGAGCUAGGCACUACCCUGGGCUGGGUUAUAGCAU